CCCUUCAUGUUUUGCUACGGUUUCUUUGCCCGAAGGUUGUGUAGUACACACACGGCUUGGGGCAGCUAGCACCGUACGUACAGUCUGUUUGAUCAGCUCGCUCACGUAGGCGAGCGACACGAUAUAGCGUGCGUUUAUUAUGGGGCCUGUGCGCAUGGCAUGGUCGAAUUAUGGCAUGGAAGAAAAAGAGAAGAAAAAAAAAUGCAAGCAAGCCAGUGUUCCCAGAGUAGCAAAAGAAGCGUACUAGCAUAGCCAGCCAGACAGGAUGACCGAUGAUGGCAGUUUGCAGAAUGCGGCAGGCACCGUACCAGCCGAGCGUAGCAGCGCGACCGCGCAGGAAAGGAUCAGGCUUGGGAGAAGGAUUUUAACAUGCGCAAAUGUUUCGGUGCUCGAUUAAUAAAGCGUCCUUCGCGGGCGACGGGCAUGCGAGCAUGCAAACUAGAAGCACAGGACAUGUGUUUUUCUGUGGUUUUGCGGAGGAAGCAAAGUAGAAGAAGAAGACGAAGAGGGGAAAAAUGCAAUCCUGCCAAGAACGGCCGAGGGAAGCUAAAAUAAAUGAUUGUUUUUGCACCUUUCCUCCGGUACGAGGGAAGGUUUGCUUUUUUUGUUUUUUUUUUUUGUGUUGUGUACUGCCGCUCCACGCACUUGCUUGGAUGCAGCGCACAAAGGCAUGUAAAUCGAUGCAUAAAGCAAUCGUACACGCACUAAGUAGCACACGGCACGCAGGCACCGAUCCGCCGCCAACGGUAGCAUGAGCGCACAGAUCUUAGGGCGACAGCAAACAGCGCAGACCGGAAAUGAGGCAGAAGAUAAUCGCAAGAAGUCAAGCAAGUCAGACAGCGCAGUUCAUACAAAAGUCAAACAGCCAGGCAGCGAAGCGACAGGAAGCGAUAACCAAGCGUUCUACGCCCCGCAACUUCCUUCUUUGAUUGUGAAAAUUGUAAAUAGUAUUUCCGCGCGCAUAACGCAUAGAACUAGGGCAGAGGAGUGAAGGAGCAUACAGUAGUAGCAGUGGUAGCAGCCGCCACGGCACGGCAGCGGUACCAGCAAUGGCGGCAACCUCGGCACACAAGAGAGUCAGCCAUACAAGUAAGGCAGUUAGCAAGUGGCAGAGCACCCACCGGGGCCACCGGCACCCAGGGUGGUGCUGGCAGGAGAACUGGGUAGAACUUGGUAGCGAAAUGAAUGCAGCGAAGAGGAGUGAGGCAAACACAAAACCUAGCUAAACGAAAAUCAGUCUAAUGCAAUUGCUGAUGAAACAGAAAUACGUAAUUAGUAAGUAAGCAAACUAGUGCAGAAAGCAGGGCAGGGGUGCAGAAUUGCUCGAAUUUUGAACACAACAAAAUUAAACCUAUUAUUAAUCUCCUCAUGCGUAUACGUAAAAAAAACAAACUAAAACAAAUACUACAAACUACAACACUAAAAGAACGAAAAAGAAAGAGAAAGAGAAAGAGAACGAAAAAGUAUAGCAAAAAAGCAUAAAGCAAAACAAAACAGUCCGAGGCAAACCGGAGGGUAUUAAAACUGCAAGCGUUACAGCUCUAGUGUAAACCACAGUAAAGCGUUUUUGGAACUAGCGGAGAACUAAACUAAACAUGUAAAAGGCUUAACAACGAUGCAAACAUUUGCUAAAUCUGUUUU